GGUUGAACUUCAUUCUCCGACGACCUAUCAUAAUUCGAGGCCUCACAAACCUUCUCUGAACACAUCUUUUUCCCGUGUCGGGUCGAAUCAUUAACCGGAGAUGGAGAGCGGAGGGAAAGUGAAGAAAGGAGCCGGAGGAAGGAAAGGCGGUGGUCCGAGGACUAAGCCGGUAGCCAAGUCGGUGAAGGCCGGCCUUCAGUUUCCUGUUGGAAGAAUCGGUCGUUACCUCAAGAAAGGAAGAUACGCUGAGCGUGUGGGAAGCGGAGCACCGGUUUAUCUCGCUGCUGUCCUCGAGUAUUUGGCUGCAGAGGUUCUCGAGCUCGCUGGAAAUGCGGCAAGAGACAACAAGAAGAACAGAAUCAUUCCCAGGCACGUUCUUCUCGCCAUAAGGAACGACGAAGAGCUCGGAAAAUUGCUUGCCGGUGUGACAAUCGCUCACGGCGGUGUUCUUCCCAACAUACAUCAGGUUCUGUUACCGAAGAAGAGCGAGAAAGCUUCACAGGAACCGAAAACCGCUUCCAAGUCUCCUUCUAAGGCGGGCAAAUCCCCAAAGAAAGCUUAAGCCUUUGUCUAUGACUCGUGUUUUGGACAAGUUGUAGCUCGUUCUUGGUUGACACCAUGUGAGAUGAAAUUGAAACCUCUGGUUUCCAUUACAAAUGUUCGAUAUUGUAGUUAUGCUGUUUUUCUGCGACUUAAGGAAUCGUUUCAGAAUGUUUUGUUAUCUGUUCA